AUGGAUCACCUCCGAGUCGAUCCGGGGGGCUUCCAGAUUCCUGGCAUGCCCCCUCCCCAGCUGAUGAACCAGCCGCCCCAGAUAUUCGGAGCAUACGGUCACGACGGCAUGUCUGUACUACCACCCGAGCUGGCCGCUCAGAUGGGCUUCGACCCAUCGUCGCUGCUUGACGAUGCGAACGAGGCAAAGCGGAGGAGGAUCGCGCGGGCCUGCGACAUGUGCCGGAAGAAGAAGAUCAAGUGCGACGGCAAGAUGCCCGCCUGCACGCAUUGCAUCAAUUACAAGACGGAAUGUGUCUUUACACAGGUCGAGAAGAAGAGGAGUCCUCCGAAAGGAGCCAAAUACAUCGAGGGUCUCGAGAACCGCCUGGGACGUAUGGAGAGCCUGCUCAGGUUAUCUGGACUCCUCGGAGACGACGACGAAUCGACCGAUCUCGCUACUUUGGAAAGGCGCCUCGCCGAGAAAAACCAACAAUCGAGAAGUGCCUCUCAUGUACCACAAUCGAAUCCCACAUCACCCUCGCAAACGUCAGGCUUUCAAGACGGCACUGUCUCGACACCUCGAAGUUCAUUAACUUCGCCCGAGCCAGCCAAAGAUCGAGACUACAGGAGGGACCAGUCUCCCAACCCGGAAGGCCAUGGAGGUGAGGAAGAAGUGUCGGCCCUGUCGGAGAUGAUGUGUUCGCUGGUAACAAACAAUUCUGGCGAGACGAGAUAUAUCGGAUCUUCGUCUGGGUUCUCUAUUUUCUCGCCCAAAGGCAUCCAGUGGGUGAAUGAUAGAACGGGGGACACAUCAUUCCAGCAAAUGAUCUCAGAAGUCUCGCUCGACGAUCACAAGUGGAACCACUGGAAACCCGAAGUCUUUGCUGACCUUUUCCACCGUCCGAUAUUCCGGCCCUUGCCGCCAAAGGCAGAGGCUCUGUCUCUCCUCAAAGAUUACUUUGAGAACUUCAACUGCAUGUUCCCGCUAUUCCACCAGCCCACGUUCAUGCACCUCGUCGAGAUGCAGUAUUCUGCCGAGCCGUAUGAAGGCUCUGGAUGGUGGGCUAGCUUGAAUUGCGCCUUCGCCAUCGCCCAUAGGCUUAGGGUUAUGAGUAACCUCGUGCCGGCGGAAGAGGAUGAGAAGGCGUGGGCGUAUUUGAAGAAUGCUAUGGGUGUCUUCUCCGAACUGACCAUGCGCAACACCGACUUGCUGAGCGUACAGGCUCUGCUCGGGAUGGCUCUAUUCAUGCAGGGAACGCCGAAUCCCCAGCCUUCAUUCCUCUUAGUCGCAGCUGCCAUCAGGCUGUCACAUAGCAUCGGCCUACAUAAGAGGGGCAGUGGUUUCAACCUGAAUCCUGUCGAGAUUGAGCAGAGGAAACGGGUGUUCUGGAUCGCCUACAUGUUGGACAAGGACUUGUGUCUGCGCUCCGGACGGCCGCCGGCGCAAGACGACGACGACAUGAACGUCGAGCUUCCAGAUGCCGACCCGGACGACCACAUUGGCAAUAUUCCUCUCGCUAACGGGAAGGGGAAGAUGAACCUGUUCCGAGUGAUGUGCGAGCUGGCAUCGAUCGAGAGCAAGGUCUACAAGAAACUGUACGCGACGAAAGCGACCAAGUUGUCGAACGGCGAGCUUCUGCAGACGAUUGGGGAACUUGAUAAGGAUCUCGAGAAUUGGAAGGACAACAUUGACAUCGAUUACCGACCGGAACACGAGAUCAACGCUUCGCAUACGCCGUUGAUACUGCAUAUUGCGAUGUUACAUUUCUCUUAUUACAAUACUCUUACCACCAUCCACCGCAUGUCAGUCCACCGCGGCUAUUGGACAAGUCGCUUAUCAAACUACGCUAUCCAGGGUCUAAAUGCGAGACCCCUGAACCCGAGAGUGUUCUCCUCGGCGGCGCUAUGCGCUUCUGCUGCGCGAGCAACGAUCUCUCUACUGAAGUACAUUCCACAGGGUGACUUCUCUUGUGUUUGGAUGAUAUUGUAUUUCCCUGUUUCUGCUCUGGUGACGUUGUUCGGCAACAUCCUCCAGAACCCGCACGAUCCGCGCGCCAGAUCGGAUACGAAACUCAUGAAUCUAGUGGUGACAUUUCUCUCCACGCUCGGUGAGGAGGCCGAGACCGGUGGUGUCUAUCGUAUGCUAGGCGUGUGCUCGGAGUUCGAGCGCAUCGCCAAGGUUGUCAUCGACAAGGCGGAGAAGGACUCGUCGUCCCGGAAGAAGCGGAAGAACAACGACGUCUCAAAACAGAGCAACAACAACAACAACAACAACAACCACUCUUCUCCAUCAUCGCAUUUCACAGUGACUCCACGCCCGACGACGUCCUCGGCCGCAACACCAACAACCAACUACAGCCAUAACCCGCAGGUGGCACAAUUGUCGCCCAAGUUCAACGGAGAGCAGAACCGUCAAGCCAACAACGGCAACAUGAACGGCAACGGGGGCUACAGCCCGAUGGAAACGGCGACAUCGACGAACGGGGCAGCGCCGCGCGGUGGGCCCGGAGGUUGGCCGUCCCAGGAGUUCGACCCCAAUGCCAUGUCAGACAUGGGCUCGUUCUCAGAAUUAACGGGCUUCGGACAACCCCUGGCGUCGCCACCUGCCAUGCUGGGGCCCAACGGUAUGGGUGGUCCGAACGGCGCGCCCGGCGGCUUCCACCAGCCCCUAUUACCACAAGAUCUGUGGCAGCUGCCCAUGACGCUUGACUGGGACUGGGCCGAGUUCAUGGGCGGUGCGUACCCGAGCUUCGAGAACGGGUCUACGAUGCACAAUGGGCAGCAGUAG